GCUUGGCAAACAAGCCACUCAGAUGAAAGCUUCGGCUCCAGCUAUAGCAUGAUGCUAGUGCUACCCGAGAGUCGUGAUACAGGGAAGCGAUGAUAAGCAAUUUCGAUGAUAUGCAAGGAGUCACCUGACCGGGCACCAGCCGGGUUUUCAUUUCAUGGCCUUAUUGAGCCUGUCUCACAUUGAAUGCUGGCCGUCUGCCACGGCAAUGCGCUCAUUGCCUGCGGGUUGUUAGGGUUGGGCCACUGCACGUGCAUAUUCCUCGAUCAGGCAAGCCGACCCACUCUGCAGACCCUGGAAAUGUCGCAUUGCUCAUCUCCGAAGACUCCGCUUCUUGGACUGCUGGUUAAUCCGGGUAGGCAACAUUUGACCCAUCUAUUGAACAGUCCGUCCAUAACCGUCGGUAAACCUGUAUAUCCAUUAGCCGAGACCAGAUGACGACAUGGCACAACCCACUUUACCGACCAACUACAAGUGUCUAUCAUCUUG